GUUAAACUAGUACUGGAAACGGAGACGACCCAGGGGGCAUAUGAAUCUACUGGGAUCAAUUCCACAACUGGAUGAAAGGGAAAAGCCGAAGAAAGCGACGAGAACAACUACAUGUAACAUGCAGCAACACACCAAGACAACAACAGUUCCUUGUUAACAAAAGGAUCCAUAUAGACCCGCUCUGAACAAUCAUCAUGGGAGGAAGCGCCUCGGAAUCACUUCAGAAGUAUGCUGCUGUCUUGGGAGCAUCCGGUGUGGCGUUGGGUGCCUUGGGAUCUCAUGCACUGAAAGAUACCCUUUCCAAAGGAAAUCAUCUCGAAAGCUGGAGAACUGCCAUCGCUUAUCAAUUGUUCCAUGCCACGGCGUUGAUUGGAAUGGCGGCAUUGGCAGAAGCACGGCAGGACGAAAGCUUGAUGCGGGCAGGACAAUAUAUGGCGGUAGGAUCACUCAUGUUUUCGGGUAGCAUCUACGGAUUGUGUCUGGGUGUGGGACCAAAGAAGGUCCUCGGACCCACCACUCCCAUUGGUGGAAUGCUCAUGAUUGGAGGUUGGGUGCUGUUGGGCCUGGCUGCACCGCAAAAGGACAAGAAGUAAGAUAUCUACCUCUAUCUGGUUCCCCGUAAAGAAUAUACUUAGCCAUGCCGACCAAACCUUCAAGCAAUGGCCAAGUCAAAUUCGUUUCUCCAUUUCCACCGGGUCUCUGCAAUGUACGUAUCGACAUGACAAUCAACUGAGAAAGUGGAAUACAGCGCUCCAUGAACCUAGCAAUCAAUAACAGUACAGAAGUGUACACUUUUAGUUUCUAGCAGUAGUAAAACUAGCUAGCUACCCUUCUCGCUC